AAAACUGAAAAUGGCUCGUACCAAGCAAACCGCUCGCAAAUCGACUGGUGGCAAGGCGCCACGCAAACAACUGGCUACUAAAGCCGCUCGUAAGAGCGCCCCAGCCACCGGAGGCGUGAAGAAGCCUCAUCGCUAUCGCCCCGGAACUGUGGCCCUGCGUGAGAUCCGCCGCUACCAGAAAAGUACCGAGCUGUUGAUCCGCAAACUGCCUUUCCAGCGUCUGGUGCGUGAAAUCGCUCAAGACUUCAAGACUGACUUGCGAUUCCAGAGUUCGGCGGUGAUGGCUCUACAGGAGGCUAGCGAAGCCUAUUUGGUUGGUCUCUUUGAAGACACCAACUUGUGUGCCAUUCAUGCUAAGCGAGUCACAAUUAUGCCCAAGGACAUUCAGUUGGCCCGUCGCAUUCGCGGCGAGCGUGCUUUUGCGACGUCCGCUUCCCCAGUGGCUGCCCCACCAGCGCCAGUUGAGAAGAAGGUGGCCGCCAAAAAGGCUUCUGGAUCCACUGCCGCAAAGGCAAAGAAGGUCGCCGCGCCACCAUCUCACCCACCAACACAGCAAAUGGUAGACGCCUCUAUCAAGAACUUGAAAAAACUGGCUCCAUUCAUCAAAAAGUAUUUGAAAUCUGCCGUGGUCAACGGAAAACUGAUCCAAACAAAAGGAAAAGGUGCGUCUGGUUCAUUUAAACUAUCGGCCUCCGCCAAAAAGGAUCCCAAGCCUAAGGCUGCGUCUGCUGAAAAGAAAGUGAAAAGCAAGAAGGUAGUCGCCAAGAAGGCCGGAGCUGGAGCCACCACUAAGAAAGCUGCCGGAGCUGCUGACAAGAAGCCCAAGGCAAAGAAGGCUGUGGCCACCAAAAAGACCGCCGAGAAAAAGAAAACCGAGAAGGCAAAGGCGAAGGAUGCCAAGAAAACGGGAACCGUUAAGGCAAAGCCAGCAGCAGCAGCAAAAGCCAAGUCUACUUCAGCAAAGCCAAAGGCAGCCGUCAAAGCACCAAAAGCCAAGCCGGCGGCUUCUGCCAAGCCCAAAAAGGUGGUGAAGAAGGCAUUCCCAGUGGGCCGUAUUCACCGUCUGCUUCGCAAGGGAAACUAUGCCGAGCGUGUUGGUGCCGGCGCUCCAGUUUAUCUGGCUGCCGUGAUGGAAUAUCUGGCCGCUGAGGUUCUCGAGUUGGCUGGCAAUGCAGCUCGUGACAACAAGAAGACUAGGAUCAUUCCGCGUCAUCUGCAGCUGGCCAUCCGCAACGACGAGGAGUUGAACAAACUGCUCUCUGGCCGAAAACUGAAAAUGGCUCGUACCAAGCAAACCGCUCGCAAAUCGACUGGUGGCAAGGCGCCACGCAAACAACUGGCUACUAAAGCCGCUCGUAAGAGCGCCCCAGCCACCGGAGGCGUGAAGAAGCCUCAUCGCUAUCGCCCCGGAACUGUGGCCCUGCGUGAGAUCCGCCGCUACCAGAAAAGUACCGAGCUGUUGAUCCGCAAACUGCCUUUCCAGCGUCUGGUGCGUGAAAUCGCUCAAGACUUCAAGACUGACUUGCGAUUCCAGAGUUCGGCGGUGAUGGCUCUACAGGAGGCUAGCGAAGCCUAUUUGGUUGGUCUCUUUGAAGACACCAACUUGUGUGCCAUUCAUGCUAAGCGAGUCACAAUUAUGCCCAAGGACAUUCAGUUGGCCCGUCGCAUUCGCGGCGAGCGUGCUUAAGUUGAAACGGCUUCAAGUGGCAGCAAUGCGCUUUUAUUUGUACAAAUCGGUCCUUUUCAGGA